GUGCUCAGAUUGGAAAGCGUGCACACUUUGUUUUUUUCUCUCCCAAGUGCAGGAUAACUGAAGGGAGAAAAUGGUGCCAAAGAGCUCGGUUUUACUCCUCACGCUAUUUAUCUUUUCCUUCACUCAGGAAGUUGGCGCCCAAGUGUCCCUGAAUAUGGAGGACAUCAUUGAAGUGUAUAAAGGUGAUUCAGCCGUCAUCCACUGCCGUUACAGUUUUGCUCGAGAUCCCAAAAUGGUCAUGGUGCAGUGGUUUGUGCGCGGUUCUGGAGGUAGAAGAGAGAGGAUCUCCUACAGUGACCUCACCAUGCAGAAGGUGGACAACUAUACGACCUAUACAGACCGCAUCAGCAUUGCAGGGGACACCAGCAGCGAGAACCUCACUAUCGUGGACGUCAGACUCUCGGACGAGAGGGAGUUCUUCUGCCAGGUCAACGGCCUUGCAGCGGGCAUUGGAGAGGCCAGGACCUACCUAAAGGUUUUCAACCCCCCAGAACCUCCUAUGAUAAAAGCAGUUUAUUCUGGGGUUUCAGUGACCGCUCCAUUACCAUCAAAGAUUGCAACUUGUGAAACCCGAGAAGCCUUCCCCAAACCAAACAUCACCUGGUAUCGCAAUCAUGACCCACUGUAUCCCCAAAAUGGCCAAGUGAACGUGCUUACCCUGGUUGCCAAGGGGCUGAACGGCCUGUACGCAGUCGAGAGCGAGCUCCAGUAUAAAGUUGAAAAGGAAGACAGUGAUGCUGUGUUCUCAUGCGAGGUCAGCUAUUAUGUUCCCGGUGCCAUCCGAACGGCCGAAUCCAGAGACGUCAACAUCACAGUGCACUACCCAACGUUCAACAUGGAGAUGUGGAAGGAAUCGCCCAAGGGCCUGGUCAAAGAGGGGGACACGGUGGAGAUCCGUUGCCAGGGCGAUGGCAAUCCCCCGCCGACGAUCACUUUCAGCCGAGAACAAGAGCUGGAUGUGGGGCUCGAGGCCGAAGGCAACCUGCUGGUCCUGAAGGAUGUGACGCGCAGAGCCAGUGGCGUGUACCAUUGCCAAUCUCUGAACCUGGACUCAGUAAACUCUGAUGUAGGGGCGAGUCUGCAGCUUACCGUGAACUAUCUUGACCCAGCUGUUGUGGUUCCCAAAGACUCGGAGAUCAUGCUGAAAGGAGAAAGUCUGACAGCCACAUGCAACGCUUUGUCCUCUCUAGAGACAUCCACUGUGUGGCUUAAGGAUGGCGUAGAGAUAAGCCGAGGACACGUGCUGCAGCUGCAGGAUGCUACGUUCGACACAGCUGGACGCUACGAAUGCGAGGUGACCGUUCCCACCAUCCCAGGCCUGCAUACCAGUGGAUCAGUGCAUAUAAUAGUGCAGGGAGCUCCUGAGUUGAGAGAUGUGGAGAGGGAGGUGGUCAUGAUGGAGAGAGUGGGCAAGUGGCUGAACCUGACGUGCGAAGCGAGAGGUUUCCCCCGACCUGUUAUUACUUGGAACAUAACCGGCAGUCCUAAUUCACGUGAGGUUGUGAAGAGAGAAAUUGAGGAUGUUAUUCAUAGCAUCUUGACUCUGAAGGUGACCAUGGAUACGGUUGCUACGUGCAGCGCAGCAAACAUGAUGGGUUCAGAGAGCAAGAACUACACCAUCACAAGCAUUCCUAUCGUAACCCCGACAGCAAGGAACACUGCAGUCGAUAACAGCGGCGUGAUGAUCGUGGUCAUCAUCAUCACCCUUCUCCUAUUGGCCAUCUUGGGCAGCGUGCUGUACUUCCUGUACAAGAAGGGCAAGCUGCCCUGUGGACGUUCUGUCAAGCAAGAGAUCACCAAAGAGACAACCAAUAACGAUAGCAUUGUGGUGGAAAUGAAGGCUGAGAAGAACGAGAAGACGGAGAAAUCAAUACUACUGAAGGGCGUCAAUGGCAACAACAAACCUCCACGUGACCAGUAAAGUACACUGACCUGAGCAAAUGACACAAAACCAAGGACAGAAGAUUCCAGCUGAAGCCCAUUCACUGUCCCUUUACCAACCCAACAGUCAGAAGUUAUACAGAUAUAAAUAACGUCCACUGGAACAGCUGUCUUUCCAAAAUGAAGAGGAUGUUCUUUGUUCAUUUACGAGCUCUGGUAUUCCUGAUUGGCAGUACUGAACUAAACUGAGCUUGUUCAGCCAUGCCAGUUUUUAUAUUUUCUUCUUUUGUUUGGCCCAAAACACUGUUUGAUUCUGUAGUUCUCAACCCCUUGAGGAAUUCAGUGCCACAUUGUUUCAAUGUAUGACCCUUUCAAAAGUGUACAUAUAAAUAUGUAUAAUAUUUAGCAAGGUAAACUUGAACUAAAUUGAGAUCAUCCACUCAUGAAUUUUCUUCCUUGAACUACAGAAUCUGGUACGUCAUACAUAUACAUAUACAGUACUGUGCAAAAGUCUUCGGCACCCUAUUUAUUUUAUAUAAAUGUUGUUAUCGAUUUCUAUUUUAUGACUUCUUCAUUAACGUUCGUUCGUUUUCCAGCACAAAAAAAAAAUCUUUGUAUCUGAGCAGCAUAUUACAUUUUUAAGAGGCUGCUUUUCAGGUUUAAAAAAGAAAACAUAAUGAAGGCUGCUGGGUUUUGGUGCAAAAUGAAGAAGCGAGUGUGACAAAGUGUUCAGAAGAACUGUGGCUGGUUCUGGAAGAUGCUCAGUAAAACUUACAGCUCAUUUCCACAUAAAACUGCACUCGUUGGAACUGAGACUAAAGCAAAAGGUCGUCUCACACCAAAUAUCAACUCUGUUUCAUUUAUUAUGACUUUCAUUUGUCCUACAGAAUUUCUUUACAUGCACCUAAGAUUUUUGGACAGUACUGUGUCGACGUCAGUCAGCUAAAAUAUCAGAAUGGUGGGAUUUUUGUAGAAGAAUAAGCUUUGUCAAACAGUAUUUCUAUAAACUGCUCAACAGCACCAUGGAAUAAGUAGGGCCAGUACAACAAGUGUACAAAACUAAUCACAUUCCUCAGUUAUCCAGUAGGAUCACAUGUAGUAUAGUAGUUCUCAUUUCAGGCUUAUGGCCUGCUAGUAACUCAGAAAUCUGCUCGCAUACACCAAGUUAUGUUCAGUCCGUUUAGCCAAUGAGUGGAGAAGCCGAUCAUUGUACUGACCAAUAAACUCUAGAGCCGAUCACCACUUUUGAGGGUUUUUUUCCUUUCUGUUGAUCAAAGAGACUACUGCUUUUGUAAAUAUCAUCAGCAGACUAAACUGUAGCUGCGUUUUGACUGCUGAGGGGAUUCACAGCUCCCUCUUUUUCUCUGCCUCACGUUAAGAUUCAUGUUUGUUACACUGAGAUACGGAAGCCGCGAGAGGCCCUUCAUAUAAUCUUUUUUUAUUCACCUUGUUAUCCCGAGAUAAUGACAUAAUUAAUUCAGGAUGUCGAGAAAACAACACAACUAAUUCGAGAUCUCGAGAAAACAAAACCGUUAUUCCGAGAUAACGACAUAAUUAAUUCAGGAUGUCGAGAAAACAACACAACUAAUUCGAGAUCUCGAGAAAACAAAACCGUUAUUCUGAGAUAACGACAUAAUUAAUUCAGGAUCUCGAGAAAACAACACAACUAAUUCGAGAUCUCGAGAAAACAAAACCGUUAUUCCGAGAUAAUGGCAUAAUUAAUUCAGGAUCUCAAGAAAACAACACAACUAAUUCGAGAUCUCGAGAAAACAAAACCGUUAUUCCGAGAUAACGGCAUAAUUAAUUCAGGAUGUCGAGAAAACAACACAACUAAUUCGAGAUCUCGAGAAAACAAAACCGUUAUUCCGAGAUAACGACAUAAUUAAUUCAGGAUGUCGAGAAAACAACACAACUAAUUCGAGAUCUCGAGAAAACAAAACCGUUAUUCUGAGAUAACGACAUAAUUAAUUCAGGAUGUCGAGAAAACAACACAACUAAUUCGAGAUCUCGAGAAAACAAAACCGUUAUUCUGAGAUAACGACAUAAUUAAUUCAGGAUCUCGAGAAAACAACACAACUAAUUCGAGAUCUCGAGAAAACAAAACUGUUAUUCCGAGAUAACGACAUAAUUAAUUCAGGAUGUCGAGAAAACAACACUACUAAUUCGAGAUCUCGAGAAAACAAAACCGUUAUUCUGAGAUAACGACAUAAUUAAUUCAGGAUGUCGAGAAAACAACACAACUAAUUCGAGAUCUCGAGAAAACAAAACCGUUAUUCUGAGAUAACGACAUAAUUCAGGAUCUCGAGAAAACAACACAACUAAUUCGAGAUCUCGAGAAAACAAAACCGUUAUUCUGAGAUAACGACAUAAUUAAUUCAGAAUCUCGAGAAAACAACACAACUAAUUCGAGAUCUCGAGAAAACAAAACCGUUAUUCCGAGAUAACGACAUAAUUAAUUCAGGAUGUCGAGAAAACAACACAACUAAUUCGAGAUCUCGAGAAAACAAAACCGUUUUUUUUUUGUAGAUAACGACAUAAUUAAUUCAGGAUCUCGAGAAAACAACACAACUAAUUCGAGAUCUCGAGAAAACAAAACCGUUAUUCUGAGAUAACGACAUAAUUAAUUCAGGAUCUCGAGAAAACAACACAACUAAUUCGAGAUCUCGAGAAAACAAAACUGUUAUUCUGAGAUAACGACAUAAUUCAGGAUCUCGAGAAAACAACACAACUAAUUCGAGAUCUCGAGAAAACAAAACCGUUAUUCCGAGAUAACGACGUAAUUAAUUCAGGAUCUCGAGAAAACAACACAACUAAUUCGAGAUCUCGAGAAAACAAAACCGUUAUUCUGAGAUAACGACAUAAAUAAUUCAGGAUCUCGAGAAAACAACACAACUAAUUCGAGAUCUUGAGAAAACAAAACCGUUAUUCUGAGAUAACGACAUAAUUAAUUCAGGAUGUCGAGAAAACAACACAACUUAUUCGAGAUCUCGAGAAAACAAAACCGUUAUUCUGAGAACGACAUAAUUCAGGGUGUCGAGAAAACAACACAACUAAUUCGAGAUCUCGAGAAAACAAAACCGUUAUUCCGAGAUAACGACAUAAUUAACUCAGGAUGUCGAGAAAACAACACAACUAAUUCGAGAUCUCGAGAAAACAAAACCGUUAUUUUGAGAUAACGACAUAAUUAAUUCAGGAUCUCGAGAAAACAACACAACUAAUUCAAGAUCUCGAGAAAACAAAACUGUUAUUCUGAGAUAACGACAUAAUUAAUUCAGGAUGUCGAGAAAACAACACAACUAAUUCGAGAUCUCGAGAAAACAAAACCGUUAUUCUGAGAUAACGACAUAAUUAAUUCAGGAUCUCGAGAAAACAACACAACUAAUUCGAGAUCUCGAGAAAACAAAACUGUUAUUCUGAGAUAACGACAUAAUUCAGGAUCUCGAGAAAACAACACAACUAAUUCGAGAUCUCGAGAAAACAAAACCGUUAUUCCGAGAUAACGACGUAAUUAAUUCAGGAUCUCAAGAAAACAACACAACUAAUUCGAGAUCUCGAGAAAACAAAACCGUUAUUCCGAGAUAACGGCAUAAUUAAUUCAGGAUCUCGAGAAAACAACACAACUAAUUCGAGAUCUCGAGAAAACAAAACCGUUAUUCUGAGAUAACGACAUAAUUCAGGGUGUCGAGAAAACAACACAACUAAUUCGAGAUCUCGAGAAAACAAAACGGUUAUUCCGAGAUAACGGCAUAAUUAAUUCAGGAUCUCGAGAAAACAACACAACUAAUUCGAGAUCUCGAGAAAACAAAACCGUUAUUCUGAGAUAACGACAUAAUUCAGGAUCUCGAGAAAACAACACAACUAAUUCGAGAUCUCGAGAAAACAAAACAAUUAUUCCGUGAUCUCGAGAAAACAAAACAAUUAUUUCAUGAUCUCGAGAAAACAGCUGAGAUUUCUAGCAGAGCUGUGCUCCCCUGUGGGUCAGACAACAAAGACUUAGAAAUUGGUGGACAUAUUUAAUUAUUAAUAAUUUUGAAAUGAUCCCUUAUUAAAAGACUUAAUGCAAUCUCUCCCUGUGUCAACCCCUGAUCAAAAUAUCGCCUUAUUAGGUGAUCGAUUAUUCCAGACAUUCUAAUGACCAAAGUUGCGUCUAUACAGAAUGAGAAAUAGCCCCAAAGUCAGCAUAUCACAAGUCUCUUGGCGCACCUGAAUGAACCAUUUCUCAGCUGUUUACUCGAGAUCACGGAAUAAUUGUUUUGUUUUCUCGAGAUCUCGAAAUAACGGUUUUGUUUUCUCGAGAUCUCGAAUUAGUUGUGUUGUUUUCGCGAGAUCCUGAAUUAAUUAUGUCGUUAUCUCGGGAUAACAAGGUGAAUAAAAAAAAGGAUUAUAUGAAGGGCCUCUCUCGGCUUCCGUACUGAGACUUCUUUUUUAAGGCUGUUUUUUUUUUUGGUGUGUGUGUGCGUGCACGCAUGUGCUCAAAAGGAAGGCUGAUUUUGUCAGUUUGUUUUGUCUACUCAGACCGGUGUGGAUGAGUCGUAGGAGGAUGUUACGCAUCGGUUUCUUAUCCUCAAGCCAGGGUUUGUCCUAAAAGUCAUAGUGGCCUAAAAUCCAAACUCUGAAUUGAAUUGAAGGCAAAUUUCAGACACAGAAUGUCCCAGCUGAGUAAAUACAUAUUGGUUAAAUGGAAAAUUAUCCAUUUACUUUUGAUCAAAAGUCAUUUAACUGGUGCAUAUCUGAAAAUCUUGAAGUAUCUAUUAUAUUACUUUCUAUGGACACCAGUGCAGAUGUUAAUAUAAAGUUACAUGUGAUCUUUUACAAAAUACUUUUUUUUUUAAAUUGGCAUUAUAUUCCAUUACUGGAUGAGUUUGUUCUCGUGAUGGAUCACUUGCUUUAUUUUGGCUUCACCUCGUGUUAUACCUGGAAUGCACAAAAUUUUUAGAUUGGCUCGAAUUUUUGUAACUUAACCUCGUUAUGACUCCAGCGAAAGUUGUACCAGAGUAAAAACCAAGCAACUAUGAAAGCAUGUUUGAAAUUGUCCGAAUUCUUUCAACAAACCAAACCUCCUCAGAGAUGACUAAAUAUCUAAAUAUCGUGAAGCGACAUCUCAUAUCUCGUCCGCGUGGCUCGACAAAACAAACUGGAUUAAGUGUAUAUAAACCUGUUCACCUGUGUGGUUCCUUGUUUCGUAUUAAUGUUAUAGUUCUGCUUAUGUGUGUAAAUUAAGAACGUGAUUUGAUGCUUGUGGUUUUUUAUACACUGUAAUUUUCUUCUUUUUUUUUGCAAAAACAAUGCCAAAUAAAGAUAU